UCUAAAACUGUAUUUAGCACGCGCGUGUUCUCAAUUGCCGUCUCCAAUGCCCCCUCCACCAUACGCCUUGGCACGCGUGAGCAGCACACGCAACUUCGAGCUCGAGAACCACACACCGCCGGCAUGUCCCGGCUCUGGACCCAUUGCCAUGACGAACGGCACCAUCCAGUUGCGCCUCCGCGAUGGCGUGCGGCGGUGCGCGUGCUCAAUCAGCGCAGCAUGGUGGCAGUUGCAGCACGCAACGGAUUUCGCAUCACCCAGGCAGCCGAUGGCCUGGUGAAGGUCACUCGUGUGGACAACAAGUGCUUGAUUCGCACCAGUCCCGGCAAUGGAUCGGCCACUUUGACCACACCUGGCAUCCACUGCACUGCCUCUCUGGGCAAGACCUCGCAUCUGUUUGUUCGUCGCAAUGAGAAGCGCAUGCACUUCGAUGGAUCCUGUUUCAUUGUACGCAACGCCGGACACUCCGCCGGCUUCAAUGAGAACAACCUGCUCAUUGUCUACUGAGCGGCGUUCGUAGUCCGGAGAUAGGAACGGCGCAGUGGUAGCCCAUCCCACACG